AUGGCUACCCCACCUUCUGCACCUGAGUCUCCUGCUGCUACGGUCACCCCAUCACCUGCACCCGCAUCUUCUCAGCCUGACAAUGGUACUAUAGUCAUGGGUGAUUCAGCACAACCUCCUCGACCACUUACUCGGCUGCAACAAGGUGAACCUAGUAAUCUCAAAGAAGCUCUUGCUGAUGUCAAAUGGCAACAGGCCAUGAGUGAGGAGUUUGGUGCUCUCAUGGCUAACAGCACGUGGCAUCUUGUGCCUCCUAGCAAGAACAAAAAUUUAAUUGAUUACAAGUGGGUAUAUCGCAUAAAGAAGCAUGGUGAUGGUACAGUUGAUAGAUACAAAGCUCGAUUGGUUGCAAAAGGCUUCAAACAACGGUAUGGUAUUGACUAUGAGGAUACAUUUAGUCCAGUUGUUAAGGCUGCCACUAUUAGACUUGUUCUUGCUCUAGCUGUCUCUAAGGCUGGAGUCUCCGUCAGUUGGAUAUCAAGAACGCGUUUUUACAUGGUGUUCUGGAGGAAGAACUGUAUAUGA